AUGGAUCCAACAGAAGUUAUAUUCGACUUUGAAAUGGUUGGUGGAGUAAAAGAAAAAUUACGUCAAAUCAAGAAAGUUGUUGAAUUAACAUUUGAACAUUCACGUACAUUAACAAUAAUGAAUGUUCAACCAACACAAUUCAUUCUUUUAUGUCAGAUGAAUCCAGCACAAUUGACAUUUGGCCGUUUCAACUAUCGAAUCUGGGUUGGAUUGCCAGACCCAGAAUCACAUAAAUUGAUUCUUCAGGAAUGCACAAAAAAUUUGCCUGUGCUAGAAAAAAGUUUUCCGACAAAAUUAACAGAUGAAACAUUACAUUUAGGUGGUAGUCUUUUACGAAAAAUAAUAGAACAAGCUCAUAAAUUGGCUAUUAAACGAUCAAUUGGAACAGGACAGCCAACUGAAAUUACUACAAAUGAUAUUGAAAAAGCUAUAAAAGUUUGUAAAAAAUUAAAAGAUUCUAGUGAAAAAAACAAAUAG